UUUUUUAAACCUUGUUUCCAUAGAGAAAAAGGUUAGAUUGAAUGUGUUAUCUUUUUCCAUUUCUACUUUCUCUAAAGAUUGGGUUGAAGAGUGGUAAGUAGUUGUUGAUGGGUAUUUGAUGUUCGAGAGAUGAGCUUUCUGGACAUUGUCGAUGUAUGCAGCGAUGAAGAAGAUGGAGAAGCUCAAGUGAAUUUUGUUAAACAGAAAAAUGAUCCCAUUUCGGAUAUGUUGCAACAUAGAGGGCACCCUAUGGCUGCAAAUAGCCAAUCACAAAAAUUUAAAGAGAAUGUCAAUGGAAGUGUAAAUGCUGGAUGCAGCCGUAGGACACUGGAUCAAGAUAAUCCGGUAGGUGAUGUGUUGGGAGCAACUUCUAUUCCGGUCGAAUGCUCUGCUCCAAUUUGCCGACAAUUUUGGAAGGCCGGGGACUAUGAAGUCGGGCAUGCCUCUAAAAUAUCACUUCCGAAUGGUAAAAAUCAUUUGCGUGUUCAUCCCAAAUUCCUCCAUUCGAAUGCUACUUCACAUAAGUGGGCUUUUGGUGCCAUCGCGGAGUUGCUAGACAAUGCAGUUGAUGAGAUACAAAAUGGGGCUACCUUUGUGAUUGUAGAUAAAAUCUCAAAUCCACGGAAUGGAAGUCCCGCUUUGCUGAUUCAAGACAAUGGUGGUGGAAUGGACCCAGCAUGCUUGCGGCGUUGCAUGAGCUUUGGGUUUUCUGAGAAAUCAAAAUCCAUGAUCGGAAAAUAUGGAAAUGGUUUCAAGACGAGCACCAUGCGACUCGGGGCGGAUGCAAUUGUUUUUUGUUGCUGCAUGAGAGGAAGGAUGUUGACUCAAAGUGUUGGUCUACUUUCUUAUACCUUUCUGAUGUUAACAGGCCAUGCCGAUAUAGUCAUUCCCAUGGUUGACUACGAGUUUGAUCCAUCAACCGGUGUACUCAAAACCAUACUAUUCCCUGAUGAAGAACACUUCUAUAUGAAUUUGUCUACACUCUUGCAGUGGUCUCCUUACGCAACAGAAGCCGAAUUGUUGAAGCAAUUUGAUGACAUAGGUCAUCAUGGCACGAAGGUUAUUGUUUUCAAUCUAUGGUCAAAUGAUGAUGGGGAUAUGGAGCUUGAUUUCGAAUCGGACAAGGAGGAUAUUGAAAUCACUGGAGCUCUGCAUUUUCAUAAGAGUGCACUAACCCAAGACCAUAUUGCAAAUCGAUUUCGUCAUUCUCUUAGAGCGUACUUAUCCAUCUUAUAUCUGCGGACGGCGAAAAAUUUCAGAAUAAUUUUGCGUGGACAAGUUGUGGAGCAUCAUAAUAUUGCUGAUGAUCUCAAAUAUAUAGAAUACAUCUUGUAUAAACCUCAAGCUGGAGGAAACAUGGAGGUGUUUGUUGUCACCACAAUAGGAUUUCUAAAGGAGGCUCCAAAGGUUGACAUCCAUGGUUUCAGCAUCUACCACAAGAACCGCCUUAUAUUGCCCUUUUGGCGAGUUGUUCAAUCGAACAAUGGCAUUGGCAGGGGAGUUGUUGGCGUGUUGGAGGCGAAUUUUGUUGAGCCUACACACGAUAAGCAAGAUUUUGAGUGGACUUCUCUUUUUCAAAAACUUAAAAUCCGUUUGAGGGAAAUGACAGUGGAAUAUUGGGAUCUUCAUUGUGGAUUGAUUGGUUAUCGGCAUAAAAGUCGGCGUUCGGUUCCUUCUCCUGGCACCUUACGGCCAGUUGUGGUGAACCACAAUUCCCCUACUAACUAUAUUCAAGGAGCACCCAUGCCCUCUUCUUCAGUAGUGGUGAAUACUUUACAUGCCACAAAUUUUCCCAACUCCCUCUUCAUGCCUGAGGUUGAGAUGCACUCACCACAGGGGCUAUCCUUUGGCCAUGAUCAUACUGGCUCUCAAUCAGUGCAAAGACCGGUGGUGACUGCAUUGCACAUCCCAAAUGUCUGGAAUGCUGCCACCAUGUCCCCAACAGCUCCAUGUACACCAGGCCAUUCCUCCGGUAGCAGUCAGACUGGCUCUCAGUGGGAAUCCUAUUCAAGGAGGAAACAACCCAGUCAUGUGGAAGCAUCUGGAUCGAUGAAAAGGCGGGCAACUGCUUGUCUCAGCAAUCAUGAUCAUGAGGAAACGGUUGGGAGUAGUGAUGAGGCUCUCCUUAUAAUGCAACAAAAUGAGAAGCUUCGUGCACUGUGCAUAGAGUACGAGAAGACUGAGGAAGAGCUACAGCUCAAGGUCCAAUGGCUUAAAAAUGAGCUGCAAGAGGUGAACCUCAAGUAUGAGAGGCUGUUGACAGCAAUGAAGUAGAUGAAUGCAUUUGAUGGGAGAGCAACUGUAAAUAUGUAUUCUGUUCUCUUUUGUUUCUCCUUUUUGUCCAUCUUCCACCCAUUUUUUUCUUUUUAAAUUUGGUUUUUGAUUGUUCAUUCAUAGCUACUGUAUCAUAGUGAGGCCACCGUUUGAGAUAAGGUCAUGUGGCCAUUUAGAAAUGGGUCCCAUGCUACCCAAUUUAGCUUAAUUUGUAGGAAUUGGAAGUAAACAUAGGUAGAAAACAUAAAGACAUCACAGCAAUCAGUAUAUACAAAUACAAUAUACCAAUUUACGGUAUUUCUCUA